GCGCGGGUGACAUUUGCCGUUGCGGUCUGGGACGGUAGAAAGAAACAGGUGUGCGGCUUCCCUAAACGAGCGCGCGCUCGUUUUUUCUUUCUUCCCGGUUGGUUUUUCGAGGUAAAAAUUUGCUCUCUUCCUUAAUCAUUCUCUUAGCGGGACAGGGAGAGGAGGGGGGAGGGAGUCCGUUGUCACUUCAUUUCAUUAUAGUUUCGGCUGCGUUUUUAGUAAGCUUCUCUUUUUUUGGAACAAGGGGGAGCCCGGCCGGCUCGCUCGUGAAGAGGAAGAGGAAGCUCAUGGCCACCAAGAAGCCGUGCUCGGAUUUAACAAAAAGGAGUCGAAGUCCGGUCGUGCUUGAGGCCGAGAUGUUCAGUGAAUUUCAGGAGUGGUGCCUCCGGACUUACGGCGACUCGGGAAAAACCAAGACAGUCACACGCAGGAAAUACAACAAAAUCAUGCAAACGCUGUUGCAGAAUGAAGAGGCGGACGGUGUGUACAUGGACAACAGCCACAUCAACGCCAAAUUCAAAUUCUGGGUGAAAUCCAAAGGGUUCCAGGUCGGGAGUACCGUCCUAGGUGAGCACAACCAGAAAGGCACUCCAGGGAAGCCCGUGCUCUACGUCCCUGUCAAAUCAACGUGCUCUGAUGGCGGACAGUCACAGGACAGUUCUCUGAAACGCGUCGCAGUCGUGGAGGAUUUCUUUGACAUCAUCUAUGCCAUGCAUGUGGAGAUGGGCGCAGAUCCAGGAAGGGCACCCAAACAUGCUGGCCAGAAAAAGACCUACAAAGCGAUUGCAGAGACAUACGCUUUCCUUCCCCGCGAGGCUGUGACCCGCUUCCUGAUGAGCUGUGGGGAAUGCCAGAAGAGGAUGCACAUCAACCCCAGCACAGCAGAGUUUAAAGAAAAUGACCGACCCACCUCACUGGUCCCAGACCUCAUCGACUACAACAUGCCCCUUACUGCCACCUACCUGAAACAGAUGAAACUCCAGUGCAUGAAUACCAACGAACAGGAUGAGAGUUCGGUGAGCAGUGAAGACCUGGAUAUGACUGAGCCAGCAUGGGGCUCUACUGAGCGAGCUCCAGCAGCAGCGCCCAGCAGCACUCCUGAGCCACGACCAGAGAGGAAGGCCACACCCCCACAACCCAGCAUCAAAGAGGAGGAAGAUGACUCCUCCUCUGAGAGUGCCAGCACUAAUGGGCUCCCUUCCCUCGCACCUCCUAACACUGCUGCUGUGGUCACUGGGGGUGUUUCUGUGACAGAUGGCAUGAUUCCAUAUGAAGAGGUGAAUUGCAAUGGAACCACAGCACCACUGGACUUCAGCACCACAUCAUCAUCAUCAUCCUCUGAAGAAGGCCAGCAACCCCUCAACCUGAGUGAUAGGCUGUUGCAGGGGGUUACUCCCCCACUUGCACCAUACCCUGCUGACCCCAGCAGGAAAUACACAAUCAAAACAGAAUAUGGCAACAAGUCUCCUCAGUACAGCUCAGGAAGCUACGACUCAGUAAAGACUGAAGUGAGCAUGUGUGCUGAAGAGUUGAAUACAGCUCGUACUCAGGUCAUGGAUGAUGAUGAUGAUGAUCAUGAUGAUCACGAUGACAGUGACAAGAUUAAUGACACCGAAGGUCUAGACCCCGAGAGGCUCAAAGCUUUCAAUAUGUUUGUACGAUUGUUUGUGGAUGAGAAUCUGGACCGGAUGGUGCCCAUCUCCAAGCAACCAAAAGAGAAGAUCCAGGCCAUCAUUGAGUCCUGCAGCCGCCAAUUUCCAGAGUUCCAGGAGCGAGCUCGUAAACGCAUUCGCACCUACCUCAAAUCCUGCAGACGCAUGAAGAAAGGAGGCUUUGAGACACGGCCCACUCCACCACACCUCACCUCUGCCAUGGCUGAAAACAUCCUGGCAGCCGCCUGUGAGAGCGAGACACGUAAUGCUGCCAAGAGAAUGCGCCUUGACAUAUACCAGAAUCACGACGAGUCAAUUAAUGCAGACAAACCCAACUCCAGAGACCCAGCCGCUGUGGCCCACUCAGGCUUCUCAUUGGCUGCCUCAGCCUACUCACAGGACCAGCUUUACACCAAUGGGGGGCUUACUUACAGUUUCCGUGGUUACGGAGCCCUAGGCAACAGCCUGCAAAACAGUGCAGCAGCGCAGAGCAAUGGUCCUACUGACUUGAGUAUGAAGUCUGUGGGCUCCAGCUCCUCCUCCUCAAGCUCUAAUAGUCACGGUCAGGGCGGUGGAGGUGGAGGAGCGUCGGCUCAGCUCAGCCCUCCUGAAGUCACGGCAGUGCGGCAGCUCAUUGCCGGCUAUCGUGAGUCCGCCGCCUUCCUGCUUCGCUCAGCUGACGAGCUUGAAAACCUCAUUCUACAGCAGAACUGAAACUCCACACAUGGUCAAACACAGACACACAUACAUGCAUAUGCUCUUACGUACAAGACAUACACUCACAAAACACAUCAGAUGUGCACAGAUAGCAGCAUACAUCAAUUGGGACAUGCACACAGCACAUUAAAACGUAUAUGUAGCUACAUGGCCACAAGCAGAUGCACAAAUGUACUACAAAUACACACACACACACACACACGCACAGAGUCCCCUUUCUUGAUAGAGCUACCUAUUGCAUUCUUCAUAAUAGCCUUAUUGUCAUCAUAGUGUCUUCUUUGCCCUAUUCCCUUUGCCCUCAUUUAGAUUUGUAACAGGGCACAACUCUGUACAAGGCUUUGAUAACCUACUGUUCUCUUAAUGCCAAAGGCCAUGAUCUGAGAAGGCCUGAUCUGCUAGACUGUGCAGUUACAUGACCAACACAGGAUUUACAUUAAAAUGAUGUCACUGUACAGAGCACAAUCUAUGAUAAAAAGCCAUCCGAUGGCUGACUAGUGACACUGCAGCACUUGUGGGAAAUAGAGUUAUGUGAUUCUACACAAUCAGCUUGGUAUGACCCAGUAUUGCGAGUGUGACUAAAGCAAACGAAUUAUGUCAUUUCCUAGGCAUCAUUUUUAGAUCAUAAUUAUCCAACAGUCACUGACCAUUAUUUUCACAGCUGGAGUGUUUAUAGGGUGUGGGAUACUUUGCAGCCAUAUUGAGAGUUGCAGCAUAGGUGUGCAGUUGAUGCAUUAAUGUGUGGAAUUUUAUUUAAUUUAAGGAAAAUUAAAGGAAUAAGGAAUUAGAAUAAGAACCAGCCAUACCAAAACAUAGAGUAAAAACCAUCUCAGUCUGGUUUUGACAGCCAGAGUACAAAACGUCUGCAUUUUUGGGCCCUAGUUAGAUUCUUAAAACUUUAAACCAGGGGUGCAUUUUGGGUAACAAGCUACAUUACACUCCAUUUCAGGUGGGCCAAAACAAAAACAGUUCAAUAGACCAAUAACUAAUCAAGAAGUCCUCUUAAAUGUGGUCAUCUGUCUGCAAUUAUUUAAAAGUUGCACAUGGAUUGAACAUGGGUCACAUACGGAACAGAUGAACACUAAUUCAUUACUGAAAAAAAAAAAUCCAGAUGUUUACUUUAACAUACAGUUUCUUACAUUACUAUUUGCCUCUCUUUCACAUUCUGUAGUGGAGAAUUCCCUAUAAUCACUUUUUAAAAUAUUUACUUGUUUUGUCCCCAUUUAAUCAUCUACCAGUUUCCACCUGCCAGUCAGCUCUCCUUAUCAUACAACAGAGACAUGUAAAGACAGCCAACUGCUUCUUUUCAAACCUCUGCUACUCACAAUGAAUAGGAUUCGUACUCGCAACCUCCUGAAUAUCAUUGUCCCCUAGUGUAAUAUCAAGGACUCGCUCUUUGUUUCUUAUUUCAAUUCAAUUAUUUUCCAGAAGACGAUUUUAUUUUAACAUGGAUUCUAAAUUUUAUAUAUUUAAUAAUAUAUAUUUAUUAUAUAUUUUAUAAUAUAUAAAAUUUAGAAUAUAUGGCACCCUUGCUUUAAAAUGUUUUAAAAUCUUGGCCUAAAAUUAUGUGAAGCUGCCAUAGAGACUAACCUUUAGUAUAUACUAUGACCAUUGAAGAAGAAGAAGGAGAAGGGAGAUAUCUAAUAUUUGUUUAAUGCUACCGAGGUUGGGAAUAUGGUGCAAUGUAUAUGAUAAUAUUUUUAGUGUGUUGUCUGAAAAUUUAACAUGGACACACUUUUUAUGACAUAGUUACAUUCUUUACAUACAUUUAUUCUUUUCUCAAAUAUAAAAACAUACAAACAAAAAUUCUAUUUAAUAAUUUGAUUUAUGUUGACUGCUACAGAUGUUUCAAUUCUGUCAAAUGGGUAUGUCAGACUGUCGGACAUUAUGCAAAUGAAGCUGUGCUGAGAUACUUAAAACCCCACUCUUAACCCCUUCUCCACACCCCAUUGCCUUUGCAACCCUUUAUCCUCAGCACUGCAAUGACUUCUGGGAAACACGCUCACAGAGAAAAAAAAACACCCAAAAAAAUUUAUAUAUAUAUAUAUAUAUAUAUAUAUAUAUAUAUAUAUAUAUAUAUAUAUAUAUAUAUAUAUAUAUAUAUGAAGGACUGCAAUUCCCAUGCUGCAUUGCAAACAAUUUUUUUUACGUUGUGAAUGCUGCUCUUGUUUUCUAACCUCAUGACUAAGUCACUUUCAUACCGCACGGGGACCAAUCAGAAUCAUCAGAGGGACUUGUUUAUGUACAUAUGCAUACGUGUUUAAGCGAAGGGACCUAAUUAUCAGUGAAACUAGGCCAAAGCUUAAAAAAACCUCCAUACUAAUUAUGUCAAAAUUUGUGAUGUCAGUCUUACCAGAUAAUGGUUUCUGAUUGGCAGAACACUUACAUCUCCUAUUGCUGUCAUGGAAAUUCAGCUGAAUGAUGUAGUGCACAGAGCUAUUUUAUACUGCACACAAUGACUCUGAGCUCCCUUUUGCUUGUCUCACGCCCCUAUGUUAAUUUCAAUCGUCACCAAAUUCAGGCCUCGCAAAAAAAAAGACACUGUUAAAAAAAAAAGCAAAAGACAAUCCUGGAGAAGUUGAUUUAAACAGUGUAAGCUUGUGUGAGCUGUGUGUCUCCAGCCUUCAUGUGAUAUAGCAACCUUUCAAGUGUUGUAGCCAUAACCACAAAAUUACAAGGAACCAGAAAACAAUUCCUACUGGGGGUGUUGGGUUAAAGGGAGCAAUGCAUUUCCACUAGAUAACUGUACCCACUUUCUUUAAUCUAAUAUUUAUGUGUAUUUUUUCUUCUUUUAUAUUAUUGUCAUUAAUUUAUAAGUCUGUAAGGUUUAUAAAGUUCUUUAUGUAUGCCUCUUAAGGGAACGUUCUUCUUGUAUAGAAACAAAAGCAAACUAUAGCCAAUUCUUAGUAUAACAGGAAACUCAAAUACACCGGUGAAUAAUCUGAUAUUUGUAGGCUGGACAGGAAUCAUCAUUUGGGUUCACAUCAGAUUGCAUCUUAAUAUAAAUUAAAUUAACCUGAAAUGUUGUAGCACUUUAAGGCUGGUUAAUUUAGUAAAUGUCUUAAAUCUGGAAUCAUAAGAAAUGAUAACAUUGAAAAACAGUGUACUAUACUUGGGCCCUAGGUUUAGAGUUUUUUAUUUAUUUAUUAAUUUGAUGAACAUUUGUUUAACAAUUUUUUUUAAAGAUGCACUUGUUUUGGUGAGACCUGCAUCCAAACAGGAAAUGGACUCUUGGAGAAAAUGGAGUCUGUUGUCAGAUACUGUGAGUAACAGUUUGGUGAGGAGAAUCUGUGUGAUUUCCCAUGAGUACUUAGGAGUAGUUAGGAGGAGUGUAAGUUAGUGUAGUUUAAACACAUAUCAGUACUGGUAUGUCCUCUUGCUCUACAUUCAAUUUUUAUUUUGGUUUGAUUUCUUUAGUCGGGUUUCAUGUAUUUAUGUUCAUAUUUGUUUGAGAACAAGGUCUGGGAGCUGUGUAACGCUUCACAAGGAAAAAAUGCAAGAUACACAUAUAAACACAAACAUGCUAAAAAACACAUUGGAAAAUAAACAUUUGGAGGUAAAAGAAAAAAAGAAAGAAAGAAAUGCUAUGACUUAUUUUUUUAUAAGUGCAGCAAAGAUCUGCAAUCACAAUGUGGUAACAACCAUUGCCUGUGUUCUUUUCAUUUGUGGUGCUUUGUAAGAUUAUUGUUAUUGUUAUUACUAUGAUUAUUGUAUUUGAUUUGUUUCUACUCCUGUACCUGCCUGGAAACUGGAGGCUGAAGCCUGGUUUCUCUUUGUAUACCAAUGUGAAGCUUUGUAUUAUUUCUUUCUGGUUCUGACUCAGUGGAAGUGUGUGAUGUUUACAUGUACAGAGGAUUAGAUUCUUUUUGUUGUUGGUUUCUUUUUUCUUUCUUGUUUCUUUUUUUUGAAGACCCACAUAUCCAGCCUCAGUUUUUGACUUCAAUUUGUUUCCUUAAUCUUGUGCAUGGAGGGGCAUUGUUAUGUUUGGAAAGUUAUAGAGACUUGGUUAAACCACUGUUAAGGUCCUUGCACACUUAUAAUACAUAAAGUGAAUAUUUGUGACUGUCAUUUGUCCACAGUGGUUCAUGUGGGUGUCCCUGAACAUGAGAAAACUCUCAUUGUGCUUUUAUUCCUCAGACAUGAGUUUAGUACAACUGUUAUAGAAGCCUGUUUUCAUUUGCAGGUGUGUGUUACCUCUCUGUUAAACACUGUUCAGUUUUUGCACUUGAGAAGUGUGUUACUUCCUCAGCAUUAGUUCAGAAUGAAUCAGGGUUGGGAUCCAUGUGCAAGGGCCUUGAGAGGCAACAUUUCAGUCAUUGAUUGUGGAUGAAGGUGCUGGAUCAGAAAAAAAAGCAGAGAGAGAGAGAGAGCUUCUUAUCAGCUCAAAGUGCAACACCAGUUGUCCUUCCCCAUAAUACAACACAAUGGACCUGAUGGUUAAUGAGCUUCAAAUGAUUUUUAUUACUACUUUUACAAAAACUUGAAACAAAUAUAUUACAAGUCAAGCCAGUGAUCUAAGGGAAAGCGUAGCCUCCCUCAAACUGGUCCAGUUAACUAAAGAUUUCCAAUGUGAUUAAGGCCUACUAUCUUUGAAUUUGCACUUUGACCUUUUGUAGAAGCUUCUCAGUGAUUUUAAAAGCCAUUCCCCUCAUGUUGUUUGCCCAUAUGGGAAACAUAGGAACCUCAGGAACUGUUGAAUCUCUGAGUUUGUUUUUUUAAUCCAGGCCAAUAUGUCCUGACUGACAAGUCCUCAUGCUCUCUCUCAGCUACCACAUCAUUUAUAUCAAAUUUGCUAUAUAUCCUUUUUAUAUUUAUUAUUGUGAUUUAAAAGUGAAUCUUCUUUUCAGUACAUGUGGCUGAAUAUUUGAAUUCUUUAGAAGUGUUGAUAAAUAUAAAUAUAUAUCUGAAUAUAUGUGAAGCAACUAAAAGAUGGAAAACAUGGCAGGUAAUUCCAUUUAUGUUUGUUUCAUGCAAAAAAAAAAAAAGAAGAGGAAGAAAAAAAGACUCAGGUGGGAGAGUUUCCCACCUUUUACAUAUCACUUUGAUGAAAGACUCAUUAUUGUCUGAAAAAGACUUUUUACAUUUUCAAUGUGGUGUCGAUGUUACAGUCUGAAAAACUGUCGGGUUUUCCACUUGCUGCAAAGUUGCUAGUUCCUUUCCUCCAGAGGUGUGUGUCACUGAGUUGCUGAAUAAAACAGUGAGCUCCAAA